GUAUGGUCGCUCAUUCCUCAGAAGGGUUAUCCGCCACGGCUCCGGUCACCGGCGGAGAUGUUCUGGUUGAUGCUCGUGCAUCUCUUGAAGAAAAGGAGGCUCCACGUGAUGUGAAUGCAAACACUAAACAGGCCACCACUGAAGAGCCACGCAUCCAAUUACCAACUGUGGAUGCUUUCCGUCGUGCAAUUCCAGCACACUGUUUCGAAAGAGAUCUCGUUAAAUCAAUCAGAUAUUUGGUGCAAGACUUUGCGGCACUCACAAUUCUCUACUUUGCUCUUCCAGCUUUUGAGUACUUUGGAUUGUUUGGUUACUUGGUUUGGAACAUUUUUAUGGGAGUUUUUGGAUUCGCGUUGUUCGUCGUUGGACACGAUUGUCUUCAUGGAUCAUUCUCUGAUAAUCAGAAUCUCAAUGAUUUCAUUGGACAUAUCGCCUUCUCACCACUCUUCUCUCCAUACUUCCCAUGGCAGAAAAGUCACAAGCUUCACCAUGCUUUCACCAACCACAUUGACAAAGAUCAUGGACACGUGUGGAUUCAGGAUAAGGAUUGGGAAGCAAUGCCAUCAUGGAAAAGAUGGUUCAAUCCAAUUCCAUUCUCUGGAUGGCUUAAAUGGUUCCCAGUGUACACUUUAUUCGGUUUCUGUGAUGGAUCUCACUUCUGGCCAUACUCUUCACUUUUUGUUCGUAACUCUGAACGUGUUCAAUGUGUAAUCUCUGGAAUCUGUUGCUGUGUGUGUGCAUAUAUUGCUCUAACAAUUGCUGGAUCAUAUUCCAAUUGGUUCUGGUACUAUUGGGUUCCACUUUCUUUCUUCGGAUUGAUGCUCGUCAUUGUUACCUAUUUGCAACAUGUCGAUGAUGUCGCUGAGGUGUACGAGGCUGAUGAAUGGAGCUUCGUCCGUGGACAAACCCAAACCAUCGAUCGUUACUAUGGACUCGGAUUGGACACAACGAUGCACCAUAUCACAGACGGACACGUUGCCCAUCACUUCUUCAACAAAAUCCCACAUUACCAUCUCAUCGAAGCAACCGAAGGUGUCAAAAAGGUCUUGGAGCCGUUGUCCGACACCCAAUACGGGUACAAAUCUCAAGUGAACUACGAUUUCUUUGCCCGUUUCCUGUGGUUCAACUACAAGCUCGACUAUCUCGUUCACAAGACCGCCGGAAUCAUGCAAUUCCGAACAACUCUCGAGGAGAAGGCAAAGGCCAAGUAAAAGAAUAUCCCGUGCCGUUCUAGAGUACAACAACAACUUCUGCGUUUUCACCGGUUUUGCUCUAAUUGCAAUUUUUCUUUGUUCUAUAUAUAUUUUUUUGCUUUUUAAUUUUAUUCUCUCUAAAAAACUUCUACUUUUCAGUGCGUUGAAUGCAUAAAGCCAUAACUCUUUUUUUUUCUAAAUGAUAAUGAACUUUAUCAUCACU